AAUCAGACAUGCUUGCAAGUUGCAGAACAUCCAAUUGGGUUAAACUCCUACAUUGAGCCCAUAAGUCAUCUGCUAAAUGAUGGUGGAUUGAAUGUUGUUCGCAUCGUAGGGAUAUAUGGCCCAGGUGGAAUAGGGAACUGAUGCAGUUCAAGGUAUUUGAUUAAACUUGCAAAAACAUAGAGGGAAAGACCAGUUGACGACUGCAGGAUUUUCUAAAAUGCCUAAUCUUAAAUUACUCAAAGUUGAUGGUGGAUUGGACACCCUCAAGAUAGAUGUGGAACCUUCUCAUCAAAAGUGUUUCAGAUACUUAGUUUGGGUUAGUUGGAUCAAAUUCCCUUUCGAUUAUAUACCAAAGAAUUUUGAAAUGGGGAACCUUGCUAUUCUUGACAUGCCAAUGAGCAAUCUCAAAGAAGUUUGGAAGGGAACUAAGUGUCUCGAAAAGUUAAAGGAGCUCAGUCUUAUUAAUUCUAUCUACCUAACCUGUACACCGGAUUUUUCAAUGCUCCCGAAUCUUGAGAAACUGAUUCUUAGUGGUUGUAUAAGUUUGGUUGAAGUCCAUGAAAGUAUUGGACGACUUCAAAAACUUGUCAAGCUGGAUCUAAGUCGAUGCCACGGUCUCAAGAAUCUUCCGAUCAAUGGUAAAAGUAAAUUGGCGUCGCUUGAAACACUUGAUAUUACUCAUUGCCAAGAACUUAACAAAUUGCCAAAGCAAAUGAGGGACUUGAUUUCAUCUAAUGGUUUAUGUUCCUUAAAGGAAGUAUUUUUGGAAGGUUGCAGUCUUACAAAUGAUGAUAUACCUGAUGAGUUUUGGAUGUUAUACUCUUUGGAGUCAUUGAAUCUAUCUUGGAACUAUUUUGAGAGCCUUCCAUCUGGCAUUGGCUAGCUUUCAAAACUUCAAACUUUGGAUGCGAGUACUCGUGGAAGACUCAAAUCAUUCUCAAUGCUUCCAUCAAGUUUGUGUUCUAUUGAUGCAUCAAAGUGCUAGGAGUUGUAAAGAUUACCAAAUUUGUCAAACUUGAGACACCUAACGAUGCUCUGUCUUUCAUGGUGUAAAAUGCUUACUGAAAUUGAGGGCUUAGAGGGUUUGAUAUCUGCAGAAAGCAUAGAAUUAGUCAAGUGUGUCAAUUUGAAAACUUGUGAGAAGAAAAUAUUUCAGGUCCCCUUCUCUCUAUCUCUCUCUUCAUUUUUUUUUUUUUUUUAAUAACAUAUGAUUUGAAUGGUUCCAUGGACAGGACAUAUCUGAAGACAUUGGCACUCGUGACAUCGUCUGUGACAUCUUCAUUAAUGGGGAAGAGAUUCCGGAUGAGUGGUUUGGGUUUCAAAGUGAGGAGGGGUCAAAGGAUUCAUUAUCUUGUCAGGUUCCUCUCAUCCUCAGCUUCCUAAUAUGGGGGGGAUUCAAGGUUUGAUCAUAUGCUUAGUGUUUAUUGAGGUCAGAAAUCGAUUUUUUCCAUCGUUUAUGUGGCCGGUAAAGGUUGUAGUUGAUAAUAAAUCAAAGAAUUUUACAUGGAGCCGCACCCUUCGAAUUCCAAUUUGCAGUGAAGAAAGUACUUCUUGGGUAAUCAACAUGAGAAUGAGAAUGUAUUGAAGGAGAAUUCUCAAGCAUCAUCCCCGGAAAAUUCCCACCCAGCAUCCCAAAGCAUGCAUCAAUGUUUUGGAUUCCUGGGAUCGUUUGGGAAACUUUUGCAAUAUUUUGGAUAGCUUUCGAGAUAUUUGCAACUUGCAAGAUCCAUCAGGUGAUCCACAUCCAUAUCUGUCUCUCUCUCUUUUAUAAUUUUAUAUUUUUCUCUCCUCAUUAAACAUGUGAGUCUCACUAUAUAUGUAUUCCAUCCUUUCUUCAAACUUAGCCCGCUUUAUUCUUACAUUUUGAUUUUGUAUUUCUAAUUUCUUACCCUUUUCUAUCACAGUACCCCACCUUUCUUCCUCGACAACAAAUUCACCUCCUCCAAUUUGAAAUUGAUAUUGAUGGACAUGACAUGAGAAUCUGGUGCAUAAUUGUUAAUUGCCAUGUACAGGAUGAAUGGUAGCAUACCAGAGGAAGCAAAAGGUGUAAAAGCAGCAAAAGCUUUGGGUCUACAUUGAACAAUAUAUUUCUAUCUGAUUGCGGAGGCCUGAUAGAUCAUCUGAAUCAACCGAACUUCAGCGCAUAGAGCCAUGGAGGAUGGCUUUCAUUUUCUUUGUCAAGAAAAAUCUUUUCUAUGCUAUUCUUCUUAUUCCGGUUGUGCUUUUAGUAAUCUUCUUUUUUUCUUUAUGGGAGAGGGAUAGGUAUGCCGCCGAUAUCAAGUAUG